AUGACAACCCAAAAGAGAUUCACCGGCUCUCGCAUUAACGUCAAAUUCAUCGAAACCCCCUGCAGCGCAGAAUGGCGCAUCCGCUUAUCUGGCCCAAAUAUGAAAAACCUCAUGCUUGGCCAUUGUCCACAGGACAUGGACGAUAAAUGGAUGUGUAUGACGACGGGGCCUGCGGAGCAAGGAUUGAUACGCGUGCGACGCGUCGGAAGUGAUGACGAAGCAAUGAUUGCCGAGGAAGGCGGAGAGAUUUUGGUGAUUAUGUGGCCGACGCCCAAGGAGGACGAGUAUGAUCCUUUUGAUGAGCAGAGUGCAAAAGAAUUCGCUAUCGGGUUCUGUCGACAUUUUAUGAAUUGUGAGCUGGAGGGUUGA